AUGAGUGAAGUCGAAGCAACAAAUCAAGCUAUAGAACCAUAUAUAACUGGAGAUAUUGACACAAGUGAUUAUGUGGAAGCAACAUAUGAAAGUGAAAAAAUAAAUAGUAUCGGUGUGAACAUUGAAUUUGACGAAGAUGAUGUUAAUGAUGAAAGGAUACUGGGAAAGGUUUUUGAUACGCCCGGUGAUGCCUAUACAUUUUAUAAUGAUUAUUCAUUUUUGCAUGGAUUUGGUAUACGUAGAGAUGACACAAUUAAAAAUCCUAAAACAAAUGAGCCCUUUCGGAAGAUAUAUGUAUGUAACAAAGAAGGCUUCAAAAGGAUGGACAAAGAUGCUUCAAGUGAAAAUGAGAAAAAACGUCGUAGAGAUGUUAGAACCGGAUGUCAAGCAAAGCUUCGAAUAACAAGACAGGAGGAUGGAAAAUGGUUGGUGGACUUGUUUAAUGACACACACAAUCAUGACUUGACCAUGACACCUACGAAGGUGAUAAAGCAUCGAUCUCAUAGCAAUUUCCACCGUUCAAUAGAAGGUAAAUCUCUUAUGGUGCAAUUUGGUCAAGCAGGGUUGAAACCUUCUCAAAUUAAAAAGGCUGUUAAUACAAUGAAAACCUCAAAUGUAGCUGAUGUAACUUCAAAGCAAUGUGUCGAUGUUUUAUCUGAGCAUCGAAAACAACAUAGAGGAAAGGAGUUUUAUGGACUUAUAAAACAUUUUCAAGAUAAAACAUUAGUGGACAGUGACCAAUAUUUUGUCGUGGAUUUGUCUGAUGAUGGGUAUCGUAGAAAUAUCUUUUGGGCAGACGGUAGAUCAAGAGAUGCCUAUACAAAAUUCAGAGAUAUGCCUUUUGCUCCCUUUACUGGGGUGAAUCAUCAUGGACAAUCUAUACUAUUUGGUGGAGCAUUGCUUGAAAAUGAAAAGGAAGAGACAUUUGAAUGGUUAUUUGAACAGUUCCUCAAAUGUAUGUUUAACAAGUAUCCGAAGACAAUUAUUACCGAUCAAGACAAAGCUAUGAGCAAUGCAAUAAAAAAAGUGUUUCCAAAUACUCGACAUCGCUUUUGUUUAUGGCAUAUUAGGAAGCAUGAAACUGAGCAUCUUCGAUCGUAUGUUUCCCAAUACAGUGAUUUUCAAGAGACUCACAGACAAUGGGUAAAUAGUGACACCAUUGAACAAUUUGAAGCAACAUGGGAAGAUAUGCGUAUUAAGUAUGAACUGGAAAGCAAUUGUUGGCUUAAUGAUAUGUAUAACCAACAUAUACAUUGGGCUAAACCCUUCUUGAAGGAUAUUUUCUUUGCUGGUAUGACCACAACCGGACGAAGUGAGAGUAUCAAUUCCUUUUUUGAUGGAUUUGUUAACUCGAGGACCAUGUUGAAUGAAUUCGUUGUACAAUACGACAAAGUAGUUGAGUCACGAAGGGCUGCCGAAGAAGAUGAAGACUUCAAGACUAUGAACUCGAGACCAGUUCUUUCUUCAGUGCAUCCAAUCGAAGCAAAAACGGGUCAAUUUAUACUAGGAAGAUGUUUGAUACUUUCAAAAAAGAAUGGACUGAAGCUAUUACCAAUUUGA